AUGUCCAUCUCAAUUGCUGCAACUGCGACCACCGCAAUCGUAACCAGAACCAGCGGCGGCCGUGUCGGCCAUGGGAGGAGUAGUAGUAACAAGAACUGCAGCUUCUUCUCCUUCCGAAUUCGCUGCUCUGAUUCCAAUCCGAAGCGCGGUUUCGGUGCGCCUUCCGACAAUAACAAGGCACCUUGCUCCUAUCUUUCUUCUCUCCAUUUCCAUUGUGAUUUCACGUCCGCAGCGGAGAAAGGCUCGAAGAGACCGCAAAGGAAAUCGAAUAAACAAUCUGGUUCCUUGCCUACGCAGGCACCUGGUUUAAGUGCAGGUUUUGAUGGGAAGCCUAAAAGCAGUACUGCAGACUUUGAUUUUGAGGAGCGGCUGCUCGCUGUUAGAAGGUCGGCACUUGAACAAAAAAGGGCGGAUGUGGUCAAAGAAUUUGGACCAAUUGACUAUGAUGCACCAAUUGAAUCCGAAAAGAAGACGAUAGGAACUGGUACUAAGAUUGGAGUAGGAGUAGCUGUUCUGGUCUUUGGUUUGGUGUUUGCUCUUGGAGAUUUUCUUCCGACAGGAAAUGAUAGUACCACUCAGGAAGCCAUGGUAGUCAAUAAAAAGUUGCCUGAAGAAGAGAAAGCUACUCUUGAGAACAGAUUGAAACAAUAUGAGUCUACACUCAGCAUCUCCCCAAAGGAUCCGGUUGCACUUGAAGGAGCUGCGGUAACCUUGGCGGAGCUGGGGGAAUAUACGAGGGCUGCCUCUUUGUUACAGGAUUUGGCAAAUGAAAAGCCAAAUGACCCUGAUGUUUUCCGUUUGCUUGGAGAAAUUAAAUAUGAACUUAACGACUAUGAAGGCAGUGCUGGCGCGUACAGGAUGUCUGCUAAGGUCUCCAAGAGCACCAAUUUUGAAGUUCUACGUGGACUUACUAAUGCACUGCUGGCUUCCAAGAAACCAGAUGAGGCUGUUAAAUUCCUUUUGGCUUCUCGAGAACGCCUUACAUCUGAGAGAUCGAGUGCAGCUGGGGCCAAAGCUGAUGAUGGACAAAUGAAGGAUCAACCAGAAGUCGUAGAUCCUAUUCAGGUUGAUUUGCUACUUGGAAAAGCAUACUCGGAUUGGGGGCAUAUCAGUGAUGCCGCAUCCGUCUAUGAUCAGAUCAUCUCCGGUCACCCUAAUGAUUUUCGGGGUUACCUGGCAAAGGGGGUAUUACUGAAGGAGAACGGGAACCCAGGAGACGCUGAAAGGAUGUUUAUACAAGCACGAUUUUUCGCACCAGACAGAGCAAAGGCCCUCGUUGAUCGAUACGCCAGGAAAUGA